CUCUAUAUACAAAUUUCCGGAUCACCAAACAACUGCCUUUUUCUCUCUCUCUCUCUCCCCAUCUCUAUCUACAGAUUACAGAUACACCAAACUCCAUUUUCUAGGGUUUAUCGCAAAAAUCCACAUCAAUCAUCACUCCUACCCGUUACCACCAAAGCAUCCUCUGUACAACAACAACAACAACAUCAACAACCGAUUUCGAUUCAGACGCCAAUUUUACGCAAUGAUUAGAGAUUAAGCUUGAUCUUUGCUACAUUCCUCAUAUUUAGUUGUUUGUAUGAACAAAUAUUGAGGUCAUUUUGAGAAGAAGAAGAAGAAGAAGAAAAGAUGGCUACAGAACUUAUGGAAAUUAAUCCAAGAGAACUCAAAUUCAUAUUCGAAGUAAUGAAGCAAUCAUCGUGUUCUAUUCAGCUUGUAAACAAGACCAAUCAUUAUUUGGCUUUUAAGGUUAAAACUACUUCACCCAAGAAAUACUGUGUACGGCCUAAUAUAGGUGUUUUGGAUCCAAAAGCAUCUUUUACAUUUGCUGUGACGAUGCAAGCACAGAAAGUAGCUCCAACAGAUUUGGUGUGCAAAGACAAAUUUUUGGUUCAAUGUGCAGCAGUUCCUGAAGGGACAGCGGAUGAUGAAAUCACUUCUAGCAUGUUUGCCAAAGAGGAGGGGAAGUUAGUUGAAGAGAACAAGCUGAAAGUGAUCCUUUUGAGUGCACAACAAUCACCAGUGUCAUUGCCUAUGAAUGGAACACUAAAGCAGACUUCUGAAGAUGAAGUGAAGCCCCGUAGCAUGGAGAACAUUGUAGAGACAUCCUCAUUGCAAAACAAACGACAAAUAGAAGAUAUGCAUGUAGAGCCUAAAACUAUCAAUGAUGCUGAAAAGACUAAACUACUUAAAGAGCUUGAUGAGACAAAGCAAAAACUAAUGGAUUUUGAAUCCAAGCUGAGGGAGGCUGAAUUUACCAUUGCGAAGCUGACAGAAGGGAGAAGAGGGCUCAAUCAAGAGAAAGAAAUUAUACAACAGGAGCUUGCUACUAUGAGAAGUACAAAAGUUAUAAGAAAAGUCCAAGUGGGGUUUCCUUUACUAUUUGUUGGUAUGGUGGCUAUAGUCAGCAUUGUUAUAGGUUAUCUUUUAUCAGUCUCAGCUUGAAGAAGAAACAUAUGAUUUGAGAUCAAAUUUCAGCAAAACAUUGCCAGAAGCAGCUAGAUACAAAAUAAAAUUUCACCAGAUUAUUAUGGUUGGUUGGCUGGUCGUAGAAUCUCUUGUAGAUUGCUGAAAGGUUUUCGUUAGUUCCUCUUUUUUCUUGAGAACAAUGUUUUUGGAACAAAAAUCGAGCUUGUGAAAGUGUAUUUCUAGAUCUAUAUAAGCAUUGGUUUAUCUAUGUGAAAAAAAGACUUUGAGUAUUUUGUUUAUACAACAUUCAAUAUAUUACCAACUUCUUA